GUUGUCCAGUCGCAAGAGUUCAACGGAGCGCGAUGGCCCCACGCCGCCUCCUCGACGCGCUGCUCGAAGACCACGCCGCUCGGCUGGCGACGCUCAUCCACGCGCAGGCGCCAGAGCAGUACGCAGUCGCCAAGCUGCGCAAGAAGCUCGUCAAAAAGUCCCAGACGCUGCCGCCGGCGCAGCGCGACGCCGCCGUCGCUACCGUCGUCAACCUUCUCGUGCAAGACCCGCACAUCACGCUCGUCGCCAAGCGCCAGCUCGUUUCGUCCGGCGCAGCAGCGUCCGCACCAGAGGAAGCGCUGCCGGUGCUCCACCACCUCGCACGCCAAGUGGCGUCGCACCCUGUCAGCCUGGCGACAAUUCAGGGCCACAUAGAAAAGGCCACCGCGACAGCGACCGUGCAAGAGCUCGUGGAUGCGCUGCUCCACCUCGGAUGCUUUCGCCAAGGCAAGAACGGCAAGGGCGCCGACGCGAUCCUGUACGACGAAGCCGCGCUGCUGCGGCCCGUCACGGACUUUGCCGAUGUGAGUUUUUUGCGGUCGUAUGCCCAUGCAUCGGUGGCCAAUGAGCCGGAGAAGCCAAAGAAGGUCAAGAAGACCACGAAGACUACGAAGGCCAAGGAGCCAAAGGUCGAGGCCAAGACGCCGCCCGCGCCGAUGCCAGUGCCCAGCGGGAGCCUCUUGGACGCGCUCGUGCAGGACCUUGCCGUGCGCAUCGUAUUUUUGAUUCAGCUCGAGCUCAAAAAGACUGGCGCGUGCGUCGGCUGGCGAGCACUCAUCGAGAAGCGUCUGCGACUGGCGGCGUUUGUGCCGACGGCGCAUUUUGACGCCGCCGUCGCUGCCGUCGAAGCGACGGUUGUCACGUGCGGCAACGUUGUCGUGACUGCCGACGGCAACCUGCAGCUCGCACCCGGCGCCGUGGCGCAGACCAAGUACACACUCCCGACGUCGCCCAAGCCGGACGUCAUCUCGAAAUUGGUGACACGCUACGCCAGUCGCGCCGUGGCCGCUCCGGUUCCCCUCAAGACGCUUCAAAACGAGCUGGGAAACAAGCCCGUCGAGAAGCACGACCCAGCCAAGGCCGUCGCCCUCGUGCUGCGCGGGCUCGAGCGCUUGGGUUGCUUUCACGUUGAUCGCACCAACCCCAAGAAGGAGGUUGUUGCGAUCUUGCCGUCCAGCCUCGUGUGCCCGGUAUCAAGCUUUGAGGACCUCCACUUUCUGCAAACGCCACCGGCUCCCGUCACGGCGCCAACGACAAAGACAAAGGCGAAAAAGAAGAAGGCAAAGCAGCCGAAUACGCCGCCACACGUCGAGGCAGCACGGGCAGAGGUUGACACCAACGUCGACAGUGCGACUACGGUCGCGCCGUCCGACGUGCCGGCCCUCGUCGAGGCCUACAUGGCGCUCUUCCUGGACGCGCUGGCGGAGUGGGUCGAAGGCGGCAACGACUUUCAUGUCUCGUACAUCCGCGGGCAACUCCAGCCGCUCUUGCCACCGGGGACCGACACGACGGAGAUUGUCGACGCUGUCGUGGCGGCGCUGCGUCAAGAUGCGCGAUUCGUAUGGACAGAGGCAAAAGGACACCAACGCUACUUUAGUCGGCAACCGCCCCGUGCUGCGUCGUCGUCCAACAUCACGGAGGCCGAACACACUCUUGCCUAAUCCAACACCAAUAUUCUCCAAAUUGAAACCCCACAAUGUUGACAAUUCUCAC